AUCAUAAUUAUAACGAUUUAGUGACAAAGUAAUGUUUUGUUUGUACAACAUGGAUCGUAAAAUUGUGUUUGUGGUUCUUUUAUGUUUUGUCAGUUUCGCUACAGGACAACAGUUUCGAUGCUACGCUUGCGGCUUUUCAAAUGUAGACGUGGAUCAAUCAUGUCUUACAAUAACAAAUAGCACCAAUAUUGUUAACUGCCCACACCAAUAUUGCACAAUAUUGAGGCAAGAGAUGGUGGACCCAACUGGCGUAGUAUCCAGUUUCACCCGUGGUUGUGAAUCAAACCCAGUAUUCCUGAAUCAUGUCGUCGAAGAUUCACAUUUCAGGACAUAUUAUAGAGCUUGUACGAAUUCACUUUGUAACAUAGGAAAUGGCAUUGAACCUGUGGGUGGAUCAAACUUGUCUCCCGUACCUCUUUACAAUGGAAUAAAUCUUCUGGUUCCGGGAACUGGCAGCGCUGUAGCUACUUUCCAGAUAAGCAUGACAGCCUUAAUACUAAGUGUUUUAAUUUUUAAUGUCAUGUAAAUUCUAUGAUCCCCAUAGAUCGCCUGACACAAAGGCACACCUACAAUAAAAGAAAUUUAUUAUUGUGUACAAAUCCAACCUCAUAACAUUAUUAUUUAACAAGUAACAAAGAUGCUCUGCUAUUCCUUACCAAACGUUUAAAUAGGUACCUAUGUUUAAAAUACAUGUGUUAAAUAUUCUGAAAUAAACCAUGCAAUAACAAAAA